AUAAGAAUGGUAACCAUUCUUAUUUUUCAAACUUUCGCUCUUCAAACUCAAUAGCGCCAUCUGGCGAGUAGAUAAACCAAAACAUGCCUAAGAAAAAGUUACUCACCGAUAGCGAGUGCAAAAGAAGACAAAAACAAAGAGACAGAUCGCGAGGAAGAAGGAUUGUGAGUCUUGGGACUACUUAUGAGCGUUGGCAGACUCUUUUUGAGGAGUCCAUUGCGACUUCCCACGCUGAAUUCGCCGAAAUAUUGUUGGAUAAGUAUGAGGAGGCAUUGCCGAAACCAGGAGUGUCAUGGGACACCAACUUGUUCGAGUCAUCAGACACAUUGGCUCAACCCAUGUCGACACCUCAAAGCAAAGUUGCUCCAACCAUAAAGACUCCUCAAAGCAACGUGGUUCGAC